AUGGUCGACUGCAACAAGCUAUUGUUCGUGUUUAUACUUUUCACUCACUCGUUGUCAAAGAAAAAAGAAGAAGGAUCGAGACCGAAGGCUCCAAAACCACGAGCUAUAAGUCUUAGUGGUGUGAUUUGUUGCGGAAAAGCUGUUGAAAAUGCUGUGGUUGUUCUCUAUGGGAAAAUAGGUGAAGAACGUAUCAAAUUUCACCGAGUGCGUACAAACUCGUACGGCCAGUUUAUGGUUCACGGGAUACAUUAUCUACAACCCGAUGAUGAAGAUCUGAAAGUAGAACCGGCCCUUCGCGUUAGCUACAAAUGUGGUGAAUACUGCGAUUACUUCUACGACUUGUUCAAACCGGAAUUCGGAACUGAUGUAGAGGAGGUUCAUGAUCUCGGUGUAAUACAGCUCACACGUCAUAGUAGUAAGGUAAACAUUACUCCUUGUCCUAAAACUGACGAGGAAGAAGAUGAAGAAGAAGAAGAAGAAGAGUAA